AUGGCAAGUCCGGUUGCAGACAUAGGACAGUCUCAUCAGCAUCAUCAGCCGGUGACCGAGUCGGCCGCAGACUCCGCGUUUCUGGAGGCGCAGAGAUGGAUAGAGGCUGUGACGGGAAGAUGCUUUGGUGACAAGGACUUCAGAGGAGGUUUGGAGAAUGGGAUACUGCUAUGCGAGUUGCUGAGCUCUAUUAAACCCGGUCUGGUGAAGAAAAUUAACAGGCUUCAAACACCCAUCGCUGGCCUGGACAACCUCAGUGUGUUUCUGCGCGGCUGUGAGGAGCUGGGACUGAAAGGCUCCCAACUGUUUGACCCUGGAGACCUGCAGGACACGUUGACGCGCCCCACCGCCAAGGGAAGCGACUGCAGCCGAAAGCUGAAGAAUGUUCUAAUCACCAUCUACUGGUUGGGUCGUGCUGCCAACGGCUGUACCUCCUACAACGGUCCCACGCUGGACCUGAAAGAGUUUGAGGGCCUGCUGUCACAGAUGCGAAAGGAGGCGGAGGAGGCAGAGAGCCCUCAACGCAGCAUCCGGGACAGUGGCUACAUCGACUGCUGGGACUCCGAGCGCAGCGACUCUCUCUCCCCGCCACGCCACGGCCGAGAGGACUCCUUCGACAGUCUGGACUCCUUCGGCUCACGCUCACGACAGACCCCGUCGCCCGACGUCCUGGUCACCCGCGGCAGCAGUGAUGGCCGCGGCAGUGACUCCGAGUCCGACGCCCCCCACAGGAAGAUGCCAGACGUCCGUAAGGAUGACAUGUCGGCACGGCGGACGUCCGUCAGCGAGCCACGGACCGCCAUGCCCUUCAACCAGUACCUGCCCAACAGGAGCAACCAGAGCGGCUACGUGCCCACGCCACUACGCAAGAAGAAGAACGAUAAAGAGGAGGGAGCACGCAAGAGUUGGAGCACUGCUACAUCACCUGUAGCGGGAGACAGACCUUUCAGUACUCCGGCUCGCUCGUGCUCGGAGGAACUCUUCCACCAUCCGACGACUCGAGCAGCAAACGCUGCAGCGACCCCCGUGGUCGCAACAAACCCCGUCAUCUCCUCCGUGAAACAUCCACCUGUGACGGAGCAGCAGCAGCAGCAGGAGGAGGAGGAAGCGGCAGUGAGGAAGGGAGCGGCUGAUGUCCCAUUAGUCGCUGAUGUAGAGCGAGAUGAGAAUCGUUCCCGCCAAAUUCUGGCCUCUCCAAAACAAGUAACAGCCCCGACUCCCCCAAAUUUCCUUCCUGUACCCACUGCCAUGGCAACGGCUACAACAGCAACAACCGAUACAGGCCGACGGAAGGGAAGGGCGCUGAGUGAAAGUGACGACCAGCAAGGAGGGAACUCUUGGUGUCUUCCAGCAACAUUCAGCCGCACACAUAGUGUGUCAGAUGACCCGCAAAGUGUGAGUAUGAUCGACAUGCGUGGUGAGGAGGAGGCUAACUUGCAGCCUCACAGUCAGGUGCGUCAUGAGCUGAUGCACAACCAGUACAACAGGAUGAAGGAAGAGGAUGAUCACUGGCAGGACGACCUGGCCCGAUGGAAAAACCGGAGGAGGAGUAUCUCACAGGACCUGAUCAAGAAAGAGGAGGAGAGGAAGAUGAUGGAGCAGUUGAUGACUGGAGGCCCCUGUACCUCCCAUAGGAGGAGAAGCAUCAAGACCUACAGAGAGAUAGUGGAGGAGAAGGAGCGUCGUGAGGAUGACCUCCGGGACGCGUACAGGAGAGCCAGAACCCAAGAGGAGGCGUCCCUCAUCCUGCAGCGUUACGCCCAGCGCUUCUCCAUCAGCGACGCGGUCCUGGAACGCCUUCAGUUGCCAAAGCUGCUGGACCGCAGCAUAUCUGCUGAUCCUUCCUUACUCUGCUCUCCCUUCCCUAUGUCCCUCUCCCUGUCCUCCUCCCCAACGACCCCAGACCCCUUCGACGUGGACCCCAACGGGCCCAUGAGGUAUCUGCGCCAGCAGUCCGCCCCGGCUCCCAAGUUCACGUCUACACUGGAGGCGCGAAUCGAGGAGUUUCCCAAAGAGUCCCCUCCCCAGCGGCCUCAGAUUCGCUCUCGCUCGUCCGAGCCGCCGUCCAACCGAACCCUGUCGCCCAAACCGGUGCCUUUGCUGAUGCCCAAGCCUUGCUUCCAGCCCCGGCCAUCAGCGGUUGAACCAUCGCCCAGCAAGGCGGAUGGUUUGCUCCGAGUCAACGGCGACAUAGGAAGUGUCGACGCUCCCUCUACGCCCGAGAGUCAAGGAAGGGAAUCCCCUUCUCUCUUCCAGGCGUCCCCUUCCAAAACCAGCAACGGCACUGUAGACGCUCCGUCGUCAGCAACUUCACUAACACGCAGUCCAGUCGCCUCAACCGGAGGAGAAAACCCAGUAUCGACAAAGGCCAAGGAGGCACAAAUUGACACAGAACCGACUUCUAAGGACGUCCAAGAAGUCAUUCAACAUUCGACACCCAGCCGGCCGACCUCGCUCUCAUCGGAGCUGCAAAAGACAGAAGAAACCUUUGCAGAGACUGGAAGCCAGUCAGUAGCUGCUCCAGAGGAGAAGAAGUCAAAUGCUGCAGCUCAACAAACACCUGCUGCAGAAGCCAAACCAGAAAAAACAGAACCAUCUGGUCAAAUCAUCUGCAAAGUUGUCCAGUCGGGAGUCAACACACAGCAAAGUCAGCCUGUAACUGUACAGGCAACUGUUCCCAGUUCCCAAGCCUCAUCACAGAGAAGAGAGAAUGUACCAAGCAUAGCUGCACCAGGAUCAUUUGAAUAUCACCCACCAAGGGAAACGUCAGCAGAGCUUGCAAACAGUAUCAGGUCGCCGCUGGCAACCAGCAACCCUAAGUUACGCUGGGAGUUCUUCGUUCCUCCAGAAGAGAUGGAGAAGGAAAGUCGUGGAAACGAGAAGUACCGGCGCGAGCAGGAGAAGCUGAAGGAGGAGUGGGAGAAAGCCCAGAGGGAGGUGGCGGAAGAGGAGAGGAAGUACAACGAGGAGGAGCGUAGGAUACUGGAGGAAACUGUGGCGCCUCUGACUCCUCGCUCCUCCGCCCUGCCGUCCCCAAGCCGAGGAGAGGUCUCCUCCACCUCGGAGUCCCAGGACACCAUCGUCCGUUCGCUGGCCGACUGGGAACGCAAGCAGGAGUUCAUGGAGAGGCAGUCGAGGGGGAGCACAGAGAGCGUCGAAUGGAAACGCAGAGAAAACGACAGGACCAGUGACAUCAGCACCGCGGACGACAGCAUGAAAACAGCCAGAAGCUCGGUGAGUCAGAGCAGCAGCAGUCAGGCAGAGGCACUCGGUCACAGUCUGCAGAACGGCAACAAACUUCCUGCGAUGUCGACCAAAAGCUCGACUCCAGUGAAGAAACGAGAAGAACCUUCAGCAGACAGCAACAAGCCCAGUCGGCCUGCAGGAGACAGGAGGAGUGGUCCCAUUGAUAAUAACAUGUGCCGCAGCUCAUCGAAACCCCCCGCAGCAUGUCCACCGCCUCCAGACACACUGCCUCCAGCACCCAACAGGUCUGUCAGUGGGAAGAAGCUGUGCUCCAGCUGUGGGCAGCCGUUGGGGAAGGGGGCGGCCAUGAUCAUAGAGACCCUCAGUCUGUACUUCCACAUUCACUGCUUCAAGUGUGGUGUGUGUAAGGGACAGUUAGGCGACACGACUACGGGGACAGACGUCCGGAUCAGAAACGGCCUCCUCAACUGCCACCAGUGCUACAUCCGCUCCCGCUCGGCCGGACAGCCAACCACGUUGUGACGCUCAACAGAAAAGCACAAGGUUCAUGGAAGAAACCCCCCCCCCCCCCCCCCACC